UUAUACCAAAAUUUAAAUCACCUUACUUACUUAAUUCCAUGGCUGCCCUUCACCUUCAGUUGCCUUCAUCAAUGGUGGCUAUGGCUGCCUUUCUCUGUGUUUUGUCCUGUUUCUUGCCAGAGCUUGCAUUUGCAAAAACAAGACACUAUACUUUCAAUAUAAAAUACCAAAAUGUGACGAGACUGUGCCACACGGUGAAGGUCCUAACGGUAAAUGGGCAGCUCCCAGGGCCGCCAUUAGUGGCUAGAGAAGGCGACCGAGUCCUCAUCAAGGUCAUCAACCACGUGCCAGACAAUGUCACCAUCCACUGGCACGGUGUCCGCCAGCUCCGAACUGGUUGGGCCGACGGACCGGCUUACGUCACCCAAUGUCCGAUCCAGACCGGCCAAUCCUACACUUACAAUUUCACCCUCAAUGGGCAAAGAGGGACUCUACUUUGGCAUGCCCACAUCUCGUGGCUUAGAGCUACGAUUUACGGCCCCAUUAUAAUCCUCCCUCACCGCAACGAAUCAUACCCUUUUGAGAAGCCCCACAGAGAAGUUCCAAUUAUUUUGGGGGAGUGGUUUAAUGUGAAUCCAGAGAGUGUGAUUCAACAAGCUUUACAAACGGGAGGAGGGCCAAAUGUUUCUGAUGCUUACACCAUUAAUGGACUUCCUGGCCCUCUCUAUAACUGCUCUUCUAAAGAUACAUUCAAGUUAAAGGUGAAGCCAGGAAAAACAUAUUUACUCCGAUUGAUCAACGCUGCACUCAACGAUGAACUCUUCUUCACCAUCGCCAACCACUCCCUCACCGUCGUCGACGUCGACGCCUCCUACGUUAAGCCUUUUCAAACCGAUGUCGUAUUGCUCAGCCCUGGCCAAACCUCCAACGUCCUUCUCAAAACCAAUCCCAAUUUCACCAUUAAUUCCACUUUCCUCAUGGCCGCUCGCCCUUACUUCACCGGCCAGGGCACUUUCGACAAUUCCACCACCGUCGGAAUCCUCCAAUACGGCCACUCUCCAACCACCCCGAUUCCGACUAUAAUUCCCAAUCUGCCCGCAAUUAACGACACCAAUUUCGUCGCCAAUUUCUCCAGAAAAUUACGAUCCCUAGCCACCGCCAAAUUCCCUGUUAACGUCCCUCAAACGGUGGACAAGAAAUUUUUCUUCACCGUCGGACUUGGAACUGCCCCUUGCCCCAAAAACGCCACGUGUCAAGGUCCCAAUGGCACGAAAUUUGCUGCCUCUGUCAACAAUGUCUCUUUUGCCCUCCCGUCGACGGCGAUUAUGCAGGCCUAUUACUCCCGUCGGGCUAAUGGGGUUUACCGGACUGAUUUCCCGGCGCGCCCGAUAUUUCCGUUUAACUAUACCGGAACGCCGCCGAAUAAUACGUUUGUGAGUAACAGUACGAGUUUGGUGGUGUUGCCGUACAAUGCGAGCGUGGAGGUGGUUUUGCAGGGGACGAGUAUUUUGGGGGCGGAGAGUCAUCCUCUUCAUCUUCAUGGAUAUAAUUUCUACAUAGUUGGGGAAGGUUUUGGAAACUUCGACCCUAAUAAGGAUCCGGCUAAUUUCAAUCUUGUUGACCCUGUUGAGAGGAAUACCGCCGGCGUUCCGGCCGCCGGCUGGAUCGCCUUCCGUUUCUUCGCUGACAACCCAGGGGUGUGGUUCAUGCAUUGUCAUUUGGAUGUGCAUACAAGUUGGGGGCUGAGAAUGGCCUGGAUUGUACUCGACGGCCCAAAGCCCAACCAGAAACUGCCGCCGCCGCCAGCCGAUCUCCCAAAGUGUUAAAUAUCAAGACUUUUUCAUUUGCCUAAAAUUUUGGUUUUCUUUUUCCUUUAACUUAAUAAUUGCCCCAUUCUUUUCUUUGUCGUGUGUGUUUUGUUUAAAGGUAACACGGUUGGCUUCUUUCUUCUUCCUCCUCUCGCAUCUUUCCUCUUCUGUAAUACUUGAGAACAAACCAACAGCAGCUUCUGAGCAUGCAUUGCCCACUUUCUUUUUUGCCCAAAUGAAUAAUCUGUCUCUUUCACUUCUUCA